CGGCGGGCGGCGGGUUGGGGCCGGAGUUUUGAGCGCCGCCCGGCAGGGCCUCGGUAACCAGGGUGUCCGGGGCUCCGCCGCGCGGUGAGGACGCGCCGGACCGGCCUGGCAGGCAACCUCGGUUUGCCGGACUCUGGCGAGGUGCAGGGAGCGGACUCAGAGGAGGUCCCUCCCUAGACUUUCAGCGUCCUUUACCGAGGGCUUACUAUCGGCUGCGUGCUGUGCUAAGCGCUGUAGAGGCACGAUUUCAGUUACUUCGCACAAUCUUAUGAAGUAGGUGUUGUUAUCAUCUCUGUUUUACUAUGUUGGAAAGCGAGGCUCAGGGAGGUUACGCGGCCCAUCCGGGGUCACACCUACAGUGUUAGUGAACCUUUAUUCGAAGAGUGAUUCUUGUACACGACCCAGCAGUUGCACUUCCAGGUAUACAUGCAACAGAAUUGAAAACCUGUCCCCACAAAAACCUGGACGUGAAUGUUCAUGGCAGCAUUAUUCAUAAUGGGCAAAACCCGGAAACCAAAUAUCCGUCAGUGCUCAACAGAGAAGCAAAUUGUGGCAGAUCUAUGCAGUGGAAUGUUAUUCAGCCAUAAAAAGCCAUGAAAUACUGACACACGCCACAACAUAAACGAACCCUAAGAAACAUGCUAAGUGAAAGGAGGCAGUCACAAAGGACCACAUGCUGUAUGAUUGUUUGUACUAACUAUCCAGAACAGGCAAAUCCAUAAAAAACAAGUAGAUUUGUGGUUGUCAGGAGCUGGGGGACGGGGAAGUGAACAGUGACUGCUUAAUGGCUAUGGGAUUUCUUUUUGGGGUGAUGAGAAUAUUCUGGAAUUAGUGAUGCACAGUUUUGUGAAUAUACUAAAAACUACUGAACUGUACACUUGAAAGAGAAGUUUAUGGUAUGUGAAUGUUAUCUCAAAUUUUAGAGAAAGGAUGACUUGACAUCUGCAUUUCAAAUGCAGAGAUCAACAAGGGGGUGGUGUUGAGUCUUGUUACUACUGCAUUAACAUUUUCCGAUAGUAAUCUCCACUUUGUUUCUAGGUCACCAUGACCUAGAAGGGAUUUGAGGAGUCCUGUUAGACUACAGACAGCUGAGUUCCAGAUUGAAUGUGUUGGGACAGUAUCCUGUUUUUCUGUUUCUAUAUUGUAUGUAUUUCCAUAGUUUGGCCACAGAACAUGUCUAAUGGACUGAGUUCAGUGCUACAGUCUGCAUCUCAUCUCUUUUCCUUUCAGGGGAUUAAUUUGACAGCACGUAUUGAUGGCUCUAAAGUCAUCACUGGCACUGGAUUCCAGUGAGAGUGAGUCGGAAGAGUUGCCAACAUUUGCCUUCCUGAAGAAGGAACCAUCUUCAACAAAGAGGAGGCAGCCUCAGAGGGAGGCAAAAAUCAUUGUGGUUGACACCUCAGAUUCUGAGGCCUCCUGUCGUCCGUCACCAAGGUUGAAAGAUGUACCACCUAUCCGAGACACGGCUGAACCGGUCACACAAACAGAGCCAGUCAGGGUGCUAAGCAGUGAAAGUGAGGAUGAGGAAGAAUUAGCUCCCCUGGCUGAGAGGCUUACCUGUAAGUUUUUGACCCGCAAGCAGCUGAGCCCUGAGGAUUCUAGCUCCCCAGUUAAAAGUCUAUGGGAUCACCAAAAUAGUGCAGGAGCAUCACGUGACUGGGAAAACCAACCCUUUCCAAAGGUCCCUGAUCUUCCCCUCCAUGAAACCUCAGAGAGACAUGCAUCAACUAACAAGGACCCUGUGGGAGACAAUCCACGCCAUCAGCUUCCUGCCUUCAAAGCUACCUGCCCUGUCCCGAAUGGCAGCUGGACCGUAACCAAAACAAAUGCUGAGGUCCCCCCACUUCAGAAGAGAACCAAGCAUAGCCAGAAGGUCCAGAGAGGCUUGCAGGGAUGCCAGCCGCGGAGACAACAGGAGAGGACGGAGAAGGCAGCCCCGGUUAAUAGGCUGAAAGCUCAGAGGCCCGAGGAAUGCUUAAAGCACGUCGUCGUGGGGCUGGAUCCAGUGCUUUUGCAGACGGAAGGGGGAGGCCAGCUCCUCGGAGCCCUGCAGUCCAUGGAGUGCCGCUGCGUGAUCGAGGCACAGGCCGUGCCCUGCAGCAUCACCUGGAGGAGAAGGGCUGCGCCAUCCGAGGAUGGACAGGAAGACUGGGUGGAGGAACCAACGGUCCUGGCGCUGCUCCCGGCAGAGGCGUUUGUGUCCAUGGUCCAGAACUUCAAGCAGGGAAGUGUGGGCGGCACUGAGAAGGGGAAGGAGACGCUGCGGAGCUUUGUGACUGACGCCACAGCAAGGGCAGCUGGGAAAGCUCUGUCACUGGUGAUUGUGGAUCAGGAGAAACGCUUCAGUGCUCCGAACCCUCCAAGAAGAAGGAAGCAGGGAGUGGCAGAUAGGGAACAGGCCAAGGAGAAGAAGCAGAGACGACCAGAGGCCAACACAGGGUGCAUGGUGUCCAGGGUAGACGUGGAAGAGGCCUUGGUGGAUCUGCAGCUGUACACACAAGCCCAGGCCCGAACGGUGCAGAGCUGGAAAGAGCUGGCCGACUUCGCAUGCGCGUUUACGAAGGCUGUGGCUGAGGCGCCCUUCAAGAAGCUUCGAGACCAAACUAGUUUCUCCUUCUGCCUGGAGAGUGACUGGGCUGGAGGGGCAAAGGUGGACCGCGCAGGCAGGGGACUUGCGCUGGUCUGGAGGAGACAGAUUCAGCAGCUGAACCGAGUCAGCCUGGAAAUGGCCAGCGCCAUUGUGGACACCUAUCCCUCCCCCCAACUUCUGGUCCAGGCUUACAGACGGUGUCUCUCGGAGCAAGAACGCCAGAAUCUGCUUGCAGACAUACAGGUGCGUCGUGGGGAAGGCGUGACCGCCACCUCCCGCCGGGUCGGACCAGAGCUCUCCAGGCGCAUCUACCUUCAGAUGACUGCUCUGCAGCCAGAUCUCUCUUUAGACAGUGCAGACUGAUGCCAGCCCUGGGGGACCAGGAUGAAAAGCUGGAGAUUUCCACCUCACCCAGCUCGGAAGAGGACCACAGGAAGAGGCUGGGAGUGCCUCCCGAAGCACAAGCCUGGGUCGGGCUCACCACAGACUCCUUCCUGGGUGUCAGUAUCUGUAGAAG